AUGUCUCUCGUCGCAAAGUAUAAGUUUCGGCCGAUGAACAUGCUGUUCACCGCGCUGGGUGGGCUUGGCUCUGUGUGUUAUGGCUACAAUGCAAUGGUCAUUUCGAAUACUCUCGCACAACCCUCAUUCAUUCAUUAUAUGGGUCUCGAUCAGAGGGAUGAUGCCAACGACCUGAUUGGGUUGACAGGAUCGCUCUUUCAAUUGGGUGGCUUCAUCGGAACCUUCUUCAUCUCCUUCUUUGCCGAUCGUUGGGGGCGUCGAGUCGGUCUGGCAGUCCCGGCAGCUAUGCUCGUCGUCUCCGCAGCAAUCCUCGCAGGGAGCGUUCAUAUCGGCAUGUUCAUUGCCGGGCGAUUCCUUACUGGAGCUGGCGCCUGUAUGAUCGUCAGCGCCGUCACUUUGUGGAUAAGCGAAAUCGUGCCUCCAAAGGUUCGAGGUUCAUUUGUCAAUGUCAAUGGGGCAUCUAUUCUCAUCGGAGGGGCCAUGGCUGCUUGGAUUGGAUACGGCUUCGCACAGCUUCACCCUGGUGACCUCGAUAGCAGUCAGUGGCGAGCACCUCUGGCUAUAGCAGCAUUGCCUCCGUUGGUUCUUCUGAGCUUUCUCUCCUGGCUACCGGAGAGCCCGAGAUGGCUCGUGAAGGAAGGCAGAGACGAGGAUGCCAAACAAGCUCUCAACCGCCUCUGUGUUCCCGAAGAAGCCGCCGAUGAGUUUCUGCAGAUUCAUCUCCAGCUUGAGCAUGACCGACAUCUCGAGAGCUCCUAUAUGUCUAUUCUCAGGAAACCAAGCUACAGAAAGCGAGCCAUUCUUGCUAUGCUCACCACCAUCUCAACUCAAAUGACUGGGCCUCUCGUCAUCGUCAACUACGGACCUAUCAUUUACUCGACACUUGGAUUCGACACCAAUAAACAGCUGAUCUAUCAGGCCGGUUGGAUCCUGACCGGGCUUGCUGGAGGUCUGAUAUCACUGUUUAUCGUUGACAUGAUUUCACGUCCAAAACUCUUCGCCGUUGGGAUCAUCGGCACUGUCACCAUGCUGGCUAUAGAGGCUGCGCUUGUGGCUACUUACGCUCCAAACCCCGAGGCACUGGAAAAUCCCAACACGGCUGCGCUAAAGGCAGCAGUAGCCAUGUUCUACAUCUAUAUCCUUUAUUUCGAGGCUACCCUCCAAGGAGUUCAAUUUGUGUACUUGGGCGAAAUCUUCCCCAUGCAUCUGCGAGCGAAGGGCGUCGGCAUCGGUAUAGCAGCUCUCUGUGCCAUCAACAUCAUGUGGCUCCAGGUUGCACCCACAGCAUUCGCCAAUAUCGGUUGGAAAUUUUACCUCUGCUUCAUCAUUCCUGGCACAGCUAUGGCAAUCAUGAUUCUGAUUUUUUGGCCUAAUACUAAGCAAAUGCCCUUGGAAGAAAUCGCUGCACUGUUUGGUGAUGAGGUUGAGCGCGUGGAGCAGCACACUCAGGAUGAAAAGGCUCUAUCGGUGCAUGAGGCCUCAUUGGAUUACAACGAGAAGGUCAAAACGGUGAAUUAA